GCUGGCCCCACCCCCACCCCGCCCCAGCACUCCCUCUCUCUCCUCCACUAUGGACAGAGCCUCCACUGAGUGGCUGCCUGCCUGCCACAUCCCCAGCUGACAUGGGGAACGCCAGAGCCGCGCAGCUGUGCUGGGCCAUCCUGGGCUUCCUACUGCUCCAAGGCCACAGCUCCCAGCCUACCAGACAGAUCUCUAGACCUCAGGAAGCGUUCAGCAGUCCAAGUCUGACCACAGAGCCAGUUUCUGCCACCACAGGAGAUGUCGCCUCCUCACAGCCCAACAGCCCAAGCCCUCUGUCUACCACUGCUGCCACAGUGGCUUCAAGGAACAUCUCCCUGGCCCCCCUGGUAGUGAGUGAAGCCAUAACGCCACAGUCGAGCCUUGUGGACAGUCACUCUGCAUCCGUGCUGGGCCUGACUCAGUCCCAGCCACAGAAGCACACAUCAGGACUUGACACAGGGGCCCACCGUGGUGGCAGUACAAGUAGAGACACAUCUCAGGAGGCUACUCCCAACUCAACCACCAUGACCCUGAGGACAAGGGAUGACUUGAGUAUCCUGCCCAGUCCCACAUCAGAGACAGUGCUCACAGUGGCUGCAUUUGGGGUGAUCAGCUUCAUUGUGAUCCUGGUGGUUGUGGUGAUUGUCCUGGUCAGCGUGGUCAGUCUAAGGUUUAAGUGUCGGAAGAACAAGGAGUCUGAAGAUCCCCAGAAACCAGGGAGUUCAGGGGUGUCUGAAAGCUGCUCCACAGCCAACGGAGAGAAAGACAGCAUCACGCUGAUCUCCAUGAAGAACAUCAACACCAACAAUAGCAAAGGAUGCCCCUCAGCAGAGAAGGUUCUUUAAGAGUGAUUUUGGGUCCCCUUGAGCCCGAGGAUCAUGCAGCAGCCCUGUGCCUGUGAAAAGAUGGGACUGGAAGAGGCGAUGGACUACACUAAAGUUAUCUGAUUGUGUUGAGUCUGCUCAGAUCUAAAGGACACGAGCACACCUCCACACUGGGGAGAUACUUUUCCAAAUGGACAGCCACUCUAGAAACAUGGCCGGCUCCUUCUACUUCCUCAGAGUCAAAGGAAAGUGGAGUUGAGAGAGCAAGAGCAAGGAAAAGAACUGAUCCUUUCCGCUUUGCAUUAAAGUUAUUUUCUGGCCUGCA